AGAUAGUGAGAACAUCUUCCAAAUUUUAUAUAAAUGUUACAUCGCUGAAGUUAAACAGGCAAACUGCGUCAUAUCGCGUGUUGUUGUGUAACGAAUGGUGUUGCUCUAAGUACGAGAUAAUUUCAUUUCGUUUUUGUUUAUGUUUAUUUUUUAUUUAACUCUGGCAAUUUACAGCGCAUUGGUUUAUUGGUCUAUUUCAUGAACUAGAAGUGAUUCUGUGAUCAAAUAUAUAUUUUAUUGCCAUAAGAAUGGCGAGAACUGCUGUGACACGUGGGAGAAAUGGGGCGCUUACAUUCCUGCUGAUGGUGCUGUGUGUUCACUCAACUGUGUCCAAACAGUGCUCAAAAACACUUAAUAGAGUUCCAGUCCAUAAAAACUUCGAUUUACAAAAGUUCGCGGGCGAGUGGUUCACGGCGACGCGCACCACAUGGGCCUGGGGCACCAACACCCUCGAGUCAAUGACGAUUGAAAUAUUGCAGGCGGAGGACGGCACGUGGCGAUUCCGGUACUCCGGCAGCAGGGCGCAUAAAUGCGAGCCGGUGACGGAGACAGUUCUGGUACCCACAGACCGGGACGGCCACUACCUACUAAGAAACAAGAAGAAGAUAGAGGGUACGUUUAUCAUCUCAUUCACGGACUACAAGACGAUGGCCAUGGUGCUCUACUGUUUCAAGCACGCACGGGGGAAGCACGUGCAGUGCUUACAAGACGGCCACCAGGUUGAGAUCCUGGCUCGCUCAAGCCAACCGAACACAAAGACAGUGAAUAGUUACAUCAAGCGGGCCACCAAGCGCUUGUGUGGGGGCGUCAAGGACUUCGAGUCAACGUCCCCAGGUUUCUGCAAAAUUCCGGACAUUCUCGAGCAAGCCAGAAUAGGAAAAGGGGAACUAGAGAAUGACGACUCGCCUCAGGAGAUGGCUGUGAAGUGUGGGGUGAACAGUAUUCCGUUGGAACCAGACUUUGACCUUUCACAGAUGUCCGGACUGUGGUACGAGAUAGCGAGGACGAGGUUUACCUUCAACAAGAUGGAGUCCGUGGUGAGCUACCACAACAUCGACACUGCCAGCCAGAACAUGUACAGCUACUACACAGGCACACUCGUCAACAGCAACGAACAGCAGGACGAGAAUCCAUCGUGUAUGACGGCGAUCCAGGGCAUGUCCAAGACACAGGAAAGCUCCGACACUGCGGCGGACAGGCUGGGCCGGAUAGGCUGGGAUGAUUCCACGUACCCCUGGUCGCCAACGAAGGUUGUGUAUGGUGACGGCGAGUACACGCUGUUUUACGCCUGCUACUCCGGACCGUCAAACCAGCCGUGCCCUCAGGAGUACAUGGAGGUGACAUUGGUAGGCAAGGACCGCAACAUCCCGGCCGACCGACGCGCGCAGAUCUACAGCCUGCUGCCGAACCUCUGUCUCCAGCCCGAGGACAUGAAGGAGACUGAGUUCCUAGCUGACUGCACGGGCUGGGUGGAGUACACGGCCGAGUCGACAGAGACGACGCCCGAGAGCUGCCGGCUGGACGAGAUACAAGUCUUCCCAGAGUUCGAUAACGACCUGGUGGUCGGGCGCUGGUUCCUUUACGGGUCUAUUCAUUAUAACAACGUGACGUCACUUCAAGGGGCGGUGAUGGACAGGCAUUUGGAGGGCGUGGGGGAAUUAAUUUACUCAAACAUCUCGGUCUUCCGGCCUGAUCCCGCCGACUCGCGCGGCCCAUGCGUCUCCUACAAGUCCCGGUCACGUGACAUGUGCAUCAACACGGCCGACUUUAUAACAACACUUCCGGUAGCGGGCGACGGCAACUUUGUGUUCCAGAAGAUUUUGCACAUAGACGAUUUCAUGCUGGUUGAGUACGUGUGCGCGCGCAGGACGGAUGCGGGCAACUGUGAGCGGGAGGGGAUCCAGUUCCACGUGUACGUUAAGCGGGACAACACGACCGCGGAAGACUUUGGUCCCGAUAUUGCGGUCAUCUCAGAACUCGCCGAGAGCGUAUGUCUGGACCCGGAAGACCUGCAGAUAGAAAGCAGCUGGUGUGAGCCGGUGUCGGAGGACGGACAGGCAGCAGCGGCUGGUGGAGAGGCUGAGGGGGACGAGGAGGAUUCGGACGAAGAGGAUGCGGAUGAGCCACAGUGUGACGUGGACCAGCUGUCCAUAUACAGCGACAUGGCAGACUACGACCAAACUCAGUUGUACGGCUAUUGGUUCGAGGUGGCCAGCUCCGUGAGCGGUAAACUCUUCUCAGACGUGAGUGGUGCCGUGGCUUACUUUACAUCCUCCAGUAACGACACACUCAGUAUCUACUAUACUGGCUUUUAUGAUGCCAGCAAUGACGAUGAUGAUGAUAGCGGCGACACUGAAGACAGGAAAAGACGCGACGCUGAUGAAAAUGACAACAAUGAUGACGUCAGUUUAGAUGAUGACGCAAUACAAUGUUCGAACGUGCAGCACCAGUUGCUGUUGGCGCGGUGUCGAUCGGAGUCUAACGGGGACUAUCUCACACGGUUUGAAGACACAGAAAACUUCAUAUCAUACAUUCCGCUCAAGGUGUUGUACACGGACUUCAGUUCUGUACUGGUGACGUACGCCUGUGAGAUGACGAUGCCUGGCGGUCAGUGUCGCUGGGGAGACGCCAACGUCAAAGUCUGGGCAAGAAACACGACGCUUGACGAAGAUACGCUUGAUUUCGCGUACGAGAUGAUCUUCUGGGCGUGUCUGGACCCCUACCGGGAGGGCGGCAUCGAAUCAGUCGAGUAUAUCGCCGGGAGUUGCCUUCCAGAUCUGGAGAGCUACGUCUCUGAACAUGAUCUGUAUGACGGCUUGGAUCCGGAGGUGGACGAGACUCAGAAGGACGAGAGUGAAAGAGAAUUGGACGAGAUCGAGAAGGCCUUCCUUCUGACAGACGACCAGUUUUACUAUGACUCGCAAUAGAGGAGCUGGAGUACUUGGUCCCGGGGGCCGCGGGGGGUUCUGUUGAUACCGGUGACGGGGGUGAGACCGCCAGUGACUGACGUGAUAUUGUCAUUACACAUCAUACAUCCUGGUACUAUGCAGCAGAGAGGCGCCGGUCAUCAUGCUGCAUGAUAGACAACAUUAUAAAUGCGUCAGUGUUACAGAAUAUCUGGACUUCAUGACAUGACGAUCAGCAGUUUGUGUUGAUUAUCGCUGUUUUUUAAAUAAUUAUUAUAUAUCGUAUAAUUAUAUAUCACGUUGUUAUCACUUAUUGUAUUUUUUGUCACAUUUGGUUAAGCAAUGAUUGUAAAAUGUAUGUCAUUAAACAAUAAAUCAUGCCACACAG